CCCGCCCGGCGAGGGGGCCUCCUGCGUCCCCGCCCCUCCCGCCGCGGGAGGCAGGGCCGGCGGGGCGGCGGGCGGUUUCCCUCCUCCGGGGCGCCGCACAAGAUGCCCUUCGUGGAGCUGGAGACCAACGUGCCGCCGGCGCAGCUGCCCCGCGACCUGCCCGCCCGGCUCGGCGCCGCCGCCGCCGCCAUCCUGGGCAAACCGGAGGAGCGAGUGGCGGCGACGGUGAAGGGCGGGCUGGCGCUGUCCAUGGGCGGCUCGGCGGCGCCGGGCGCGCUGCUCUCGGUCUGGGCGGUGGGCGCGGUGGGCUCGGCCGAGCAGAACCGGACGCACAGCGCGCACUUCGCCGAGUUCCUGGCCCGCGAGCUGGGGCUGGGCGCCGACAGGAUCUUGAUCCGCUUCCACCCGCUGGAGCCCUGGCAGGUGGGCAAGAAGGGGACGGUGAUGACCUUCCUAUGAGAGCCCCCCUGCCCCCCCCGCCCCAAUAAAGCGCUGCGCCCGCCGCC